AUGUCUAAAUUUGUGAUACCAGCUGCUUUGAAAGAACUCCGUUUCCAUUUGUCACAGACCGGUGAAGCAUCUGUUCCAUUGAGAACUUUCUUAAAGAACAACUACAACACAUUGAAAACACAGCUGAAUUACAAAUUACCUAUAUUGAUCAGAGAGAGUUACGGGAUUCCACCUAGUGUCUCUGCCAGGUUUGAGCGUGGAGAAGAGGUCAAAAGGAGCUUGGAUGGAUUGGAUGAAAAGGGAGUUGCUGAAGCUUUCAAUGAGUUGUUGAAAAAAUAA